GCAUGAUGACACCUAGAGGUCAACGUGACGCUGUCACUAUUCACAGAGUAAGUAGUAGCCGGCGACGCUCGAACCCAUCUAUUUACGGUCACGAGAUUCCGCGAGAAACUGACGUCAUAGCUCAUAUGGUUCUUGACUUCGCCCUGCAGUUCAAUUUGUCUGUGAAACCGCCGCUACUAUUUAGAGGGUGCUAUCGAGAAAUGGAAGAAGAUGAUCCAGCUAGCCAUGUUGAUUGCGCCGGUAGUCCAGUAGCUACAUGUAGCCCACGCAGUGGUAGCGACGGUGUGGACACCGACUGCAAUCCGUACGACGGCGGUGUCGGACUUCAGACGACGGACGACGAGAGCGAGGUAUCAGAGACGAAAGCCAAUGGUGAAGAAGUCGACUGCAAGAAAUGUGAUACUGAUAGUGAUAGCGGUAAGCGCGUGGUUAGCGACGAUCUGGACAGGCGAAUCAAUAAGCUGCUAAUAUCUUUAUCCACGGAGGACUCCCCGUUUGGCGCGCAGCUGACUGACAGCCCGCUGAGCCCGACCAGCCCCACCGAUGACCACGAGUUCCGCGUCGCAAACUUUCAGAAGAUCCGCAGCUCGUCGCUGAAAUGCGCAACGAAGAAGGACAUCACGCCGAGCAGGAAGAAGGUGGUCCGCUUCGCCGACGCUCUCGGCCUCGACCUCGCGUCCAUCCGGCACAUCGUGCGUGCCGAAAUGCCGCCGCACAUUCCCGCGCGCAUCAUGGUGCCGCUCCGGCAGUCGGCGGCCCUGUUCGACCCGCAUCGGAACGUCGAUCCCGCCAGCAAGUACCUCACGGCCAACUUCUCGCAGCCCGGCGCAUCGUUUGGAUUUCUCGACCGCGUGCACGAGAAGAAGGUAUGCCUCGAGAACUGCAUCAUCACCGAUCGAACACUAUCCUGUACGGUGCGCGUCGCCAACAUCGGCUUUCACAAGACGGUGCUCGUGCGCUACACGCUGGAUGGCUGGAAGACGCGGCAGGAUAUCAACGCGAUGUACAUCCGCGGCUCGUGCGACGGACCUACCGACAGGUACAUCUUCAGUCUCGUUGUGCCGGCCGACAUGGAAAUUGGAGCCCGGGUCGAGGUCGCGAUCUUAUACAUAGUCAACGGGGAGUCCUACUGGGACAAUAACUACGGUGUCAACUAUCGGGUGGAGAUGUACAUGACGGCAUCGUUGCAUAACGACGACUUAAUGAGCUUCCUGUGAGCGACAAGGUGCUUCAAGGUGUGCGCAUAGACAGCUGUUUGUCGCCGCUAGGUGUGUAUAGGUGUUCAUUCGCGUACCCUGCUUUACAUGCAAUGUGUGCGCCAAGUCAGCUGCAGGGUCACCAGCAUGUAACUAACUGCCAAUGCAUUGUGCUGUACCUUGUCUGGUUUGAUCAUACAGUCAGGUAUAUAGCGAUACCUAUGAUCAGACCGUGAAGGUAUAAAUAGGGUAGCUAUUCAUAAAUCUUAUGUUCCCAUUGGAACAUUAUUCUAUUAUGCCUAUUACUGCAAGGUGGCUGUGCCAUUGCCAGUAGUGAGUUUUUUCCUUACUACCAUGGCAUUUUGUAGACGUAAUCUAGGAACAAUUUAUUCGUUAUAGAGUGACGUUUAGGUUUAACAGCAUCAAUGCAUUUCGACUGUGAACCGCCCCGUAUCUUCUCUGAGUGUACCUGCAAGUAGGUGCGCAGGGAGUUUUACCGACGUACGCGAGCAGUUGGAUAUGAAGCGGUAUUGCAUAGACGAUGUAUACGCUACAUAUCAGCUACAGCUUCUGCUACAGUAGUACUUGCGCAUACUGCACUAGCAAAACGUGCACCGAAUGAGGAGAGAGCUGACGCGGAGAGAUGAGGAGAGGUGUUGGCAAGCAUGGACAAAAAGGCAGCAACCGGCGGCAGGGAACCGAGAAAGAAAGAGAGGAAGACAAUGCAAGGAAAUUGGGAUCAUGGAUCAUAAACACAUAGAAAGAAUAUACAUAUGCUCAAGCGUAAUAAUACAUGUAAUGUUAAUAUAAUAACAAUAAUACAUGUAUUAUAGCUCUUGAUAUGCUAUUUCUGCAUAUGUAUCAAUGCAUUGUUGUACAGAGUAGCUUGACCCAGAUUCUGUAGAAUGUUAUUGAUGUCAUCAAGAGCUAAUAAUACCUAAGAGUGUACAAAGGAAAAACGGGAAAAUAGUGCUAUUUCACGACAUG